AUGGACGACCAGCGAUUAGCCAAAAGACUCUUCUAUGGAGAUGUCACCACGGGAUCCCGCAGCCAAGGAGGCCAAGUCCGGCGCCACAAGGAUACCUUGAAGACUUCCCCGAGAGGUCUGCAAAUCGACCCGGCUGAUUGGGCAGAUCUCGCCCGGGAUCGACCGACCUGGCGGAGAACUGUGAAGACCAGCGCAGGGAUCUACGGAGCCAACCGCAUCACCGCUGCCGAAGUCAAACGCAAUGUUCGCAGAUCUCAACUGUCCCCGCAUCGCAACGUCAAAAAUCAAGCACCCCCGACCUGCCCAUGAUAGCAGCGGACGUUUCUGUCACCAGUUGGUCUCACUGAGCAUUCUCGUACCAACUGCAGCACCCGGACGACGCCAACCGAUGUUCCGCAGUUCACCUGUGCCUCGCACCCAAACCGCCAAUCAACACUGAUAGCACGCCUGAACCUCCACUGUCAUCCUCCUCCGUCGCCUUAACAUCCCCUACAGCGGCUCUUGCACCCACCGCCACUGCAAACAAUCCUGACUCACCGACAAACGUCCACCUCACUACCGCCAACCCCGGCGAUGUGGACUCGGUCCAUAUCUGUCCCCAUUGCGAUCGCACCUUCACCUCACACAUCAGCCUGGUCACUUGCGAAUCCACCGCACAGAGACUGGCAGAACAGUGCCUGGAACACCCACAUAUACUCAUCGCAUCGGCCUCCACUGUCCACAUGGCCCUAGCAAAUUCACUCAUCGAAUGCGUCUUUCAGGUCACACGCGUGUUCAUGAGAGCGGAAUUCACUGCAGCCUCGGAAAACCUAGCACAUCCUGCGCACCUAUCAUGCCUAGCCCAACCCGCUCCCCGCCUUUUAGCGCGCCAACCACCGGCAGCUCCCCCGCCGCCAAAAUCACUGAGACCGACACCGACACCGCUUAUUUUUUCUGUUCACACUGUUUGCGUACAUUCGUCUCACAGAACGGCCCAGAGGUUGGCGCACCUGUGCUUGCGGCACUAA